AUGGAGGAGUUACGGACUGCCAGUGAGGCCGUGAAGGACGAUGGAGCCAACCUAACCACACAGCCUCACCCGACUCUGGAAGAGUAUGAACGGCUAUUUGGAGUGGACGAAGAUGCAUACGAACAACCAACCACCACAAGGAAGGAACUAUGGUCCUACUAUCUCUACUACAACGGUGAUAAUGGCGUCGGCCCAGGUUCCUACAGUCAAGCCCUCUUCCAAUGGGCCCUCAAUGGCGCCGGGCAUCAACCCGACACAAAUCCGCCCAAGCCGUGUAGCGGUUCAUCGGCUUGUGUAGUACCGUGGGCAGGCGGUACCCGAUCUGUAGCAUCAGUGGUUCUUAUUGCGAAUGGUCUCUGCUUUGCAUUCAUGACCGUGAUCUUUGUGUGGCUUGGAAGUGCCGCGGACUACGGCACUUUUGGUCGGUGGCUUCUCUUGACGUUGACAGUAGUAUGUUGGGCGCUGCAAUAUGGCAUGAUGGCUAUUCGACAGCCUAGUCAGUGGCCGGCAGCAAUGGGCAUGUAUGUUGUGGCUUAUGUUGCCUACGGCGCAACGCUUGUCUUCUAUGCUGCUGUCUUUCCUCGUUUGGCUCGAUAUACGCCACACGUGCGAAAGGCUAGGGAGGAGGAUCUGAGAGAGGGGAAGAUUGAUCAGGAAGAAUACGAUGCCAUUGAGUCUUUGGAGAGAAAUCAUAUUAGCAAUAUCUCCACUGCGCACAGUAAUAUUGGGUACUUGCUCACACUCGUCCUCAAUCUGAGCGUUUUGCUUCCUUUGCAAAACAACAGUUUCUCGAAUAACCUGGCACUUUGCCUGACCAACUCAUAUUGGGUCAUCCUUGGCAUCUGGUGGUUCAUCUUCCAACAAAAAAGACCUGGUCCGAAGAUCCCAAAGGGCUCAAACUAUGCAACUAUUGGGUUCAAGCAGAUAUGGCUCGCCAUCCGGGAGAUCAGAUCUCUUCCUCAGACAUUCAUGUACUUUUUUGCUUACUUCCUCCUUGCGGAUGGCCUGAAUACAACUGGGACCCUCGUCAACAUCAUCCAAAACGAUUACGUUUCUUUUUCAUUCUUACAGAUUACCUAUCUUGGCAUUACCCAAGCUGUCUGCUCGAUCACAUCAACCUUUGGCUUUUGGUACAUACAACGAUACUUCAAGUUCAAGACAAAGACCAUGUUCUUGUUCACCAACUUUUUCAGUGUCCUCAUUCCACUUUGGGGCAUGAUCGGAUUAUGGACUACUCGUAUUGGAUAUCAUAACAUAUGGGAAUUCUAUUUCUACAACGUCAUUUUUGGACUCUUCCAAGCUCCAUACUAUGCGUACGCUCAAACCAUGAUCAGCGAGCUCAUGCCUCGCGGUUACGAUAACAUGUUCUUUGCUCUAUUUGGGAUCACAAACCGAGCUUCUUCUAUCAUCGGUCCCAAUGUCAUUCAGGCCAUCAUCAACAAUACGCGCAACAAUUGGAUGGGCUUUCCAUUCCUUUUUGCGAUUUGCGCUGGCGCUAUGAUUACUAUUGGAUUUGUCAAUGUAGAGAAAGGUCGAGACGAUUGUCGAAAGUUUACCGAGCAACGCAAGAUGGACCGAGUGGUGGCAGAGAGUGGACUGGAUGCUGAUACUAUUUCGAAGGGGAAACAGGCUGUUAAUAUUGAAGAUGCUCCCGGACUGGGCAAUGGACACGCGAGCAGUUCAGCUCUGGAGAAUUGA